UCGAUAAUACGUGAACAACAUGGCUGAUCUUGCAAAAGGACAGGAAAAUUUUGAUUUUUCGUCUUCAGCAGCGUCUCCUAAAGAUUCAGACACCGAGGUCGUUAUUCACAGAGAUGUUUUAGACUCAUGGUCGAAUCCAGAUGAUAGAAUCAGUACGGAAUUGGAGAAGAAAACCGAACAUGGCUUCGAAAAUUUGGUUAAUACCUUGAGUGUUGAAGAACAGGAUCACAUAGAGUCUGUCGAAUAUGCUGCUGGUGUUGAUGAAAAAUACGAGAAUAAGGAAGGGAUUGUUAAGAGAGUGUUGUUAGAUUUCGAGGAAGGAGUUCAACAUGAAGAUACGAUAACAUCAGUAGGAUUUGACAAUGAUGAGAAGACACAAGAGAUAGAAUUCAGACACAGAUUUUCACAACAAGAAGAACAGCAGUACCAAGCACAACAAAAACAACUACAACGACAAGAGAGGGUGGGCUAUUCGAAUGAAGACACUAGAAUACCAAAAAGUAACUUUCAAUCCUUAAAAACAAUGGAAUCAGAAAUGCGAUCAUACCAAAAAGACCCGCAUGGAGAUGUUCCACAAAUCACGAAAGCUUCCUCAGAGGAGAAACUUCAUGAUGGUUUGAAAAAGCUGUCAUUCAUGAGGUACUUCACAGCAGAAGUUUUCAGUGGAAAGCUGAUGGAGCUUGAAGAAGAGAAAUACACUGAAAGACGCCAGAAAGUGUACACGUUCAUGAAGAUUCCAAGGGAAUUUGAGAAGUUGAUGGUGUUUGGUUUCAUGCUGUGCUUGGAUUGUUUCCUGUUCAUGUUUACAUUUCUUCCAGUUCGUUUGGUUGUUGCUCUGUACAAGAUCAUUACAGGGCUGUUAUUUUGUAGAACAUCACGGAUGCUACAGCCUGUCCAGAUAUGUGAUUUGUUAAAAGGAUCGAUUCUUGUGACCUGUUGGUUGCUUCUGACCCAUGUGGACUUUUCAGUGUUGUAUCACACCGUCCGUGGACAAUCAGUCAUCAAACUUUAUGUCAUUUACAACAUGUUAGAGAUUGCAGACAGGCUCUUUUCGUCUGUGGGCCAAGACAUAUUAGAUGCUCUCUUCUGGACUGCGACAGAACCAAGAGACCGAAGAAGAGAACAUAUUGGGAUAAUUCCACAUUUUGCAAUGGCUGUAGUUUAUGUGUUUUUCCACGCUGUGUUGGUACUGUUCCAGGCCAUCUGUCUCAAUGUUGCCGUGAACUCACACAACAAAGCUUUGUUAGUAAUCAUGGUAUCAAACCAAUUUGUUGAACUGAAAGGAAGUGUUUUCAAGAGGUUUGAGAAGAACAACUUGUUCCAAAUGGCAUGUAGCGAUAUUAGAGAAAGAUUUUACUACAUUGUGUUGGUGGUGAUCGUCACGCUUAGGAAUUUAACAGAAUUUAAUUGGAACGCUGAACACUUGUAUGUUAUCUGUCCAUAUCUGUUGGCUGUGUUGUCUUCGGAGUAUUUUGUGGAUUGGAUCAAACACGCUUUGAAAGUGUUAAACAGCAUUAUAUUUCUCGGCAAAGCAACUCAGUACGUGAAACAGAAACAGGACCUGGAAACUAACAACAGACAACACAGUAACCAAGCCUCAACACAGAAGCUCAAAACCCAGGCCUCCGUGACUUUGUUGGAUUCUGGCCAGUCUUCGAGUACUUCGUUAGUUGGAGAGAAACAAGAUACAGGGCCGCGGAGAGCUGGUGAACAGACGAAUCAACGCGCCAAAACACUAGCAGAAAUCGAUAGAUACACACUUUGUAGUAAAGAGAUAGUUGUAUUCUAAAAUGAUCAUAACUCAGUAUGAGUGAUCCCACAGGAAUGUGGGAUUUGUUUUAUUUAUUUAUGAAAUUCAAAUCCAAACCCUUGUUGAUUGAUAUAUAUAUUAGUAAAUAAAAAUAAUAGUUGAACAUCA